UUUAAAAAUAGAGCAUCUUAAUACAUUCAGGGGAAACUCCUUUUUCUUAGUUGGCGAAGAAGCAGGAUAUUAUUGAUUAAAAUUAAAAGGUGGUUUAUUUUUAUGUUGAACUGGCGCGAUCCUCCUUAAAUUCGGCCCGCAAGUUUAGUAUAGCUAUAAAUUUGGUGCGCGAAAUGUCUGUUGUUGACGAUCAACAGUUCUGUUUGAGAUGGAACAAUUUUCAAGCGAACAUCACGUCUCAAUUUGAAACGUUAAGGGAUGACGAGGACUUUACGGACGUGACGAUCGCCUGCGAGGGGCAACAGUUGCAGGCGCACAAAAUCAUACUUUCGGCGUGUAGUCCUCUAUUUAAGGAAUUGUUUAAGAGUAAUCCCUGUCCGCAUCCCAUUAUAUUCAUGAGGGACGUGGAGGCUCAGCAUAUCGUCGCGCUUAUGGAGUUUAUGUACGCAGGGGAAGUGAACGUUGCUCAAGCACAACUUUCCGCCUUCUUAAAGACGGCGGAAUCGUUAAAAAUUCGAGGGCUCACCGACACCUCCAACGACUUACAAUCUAACAAAGAAGAGAAUAUGGUGUUCCUCAACCCGCAACCCUCAAAUGUCAAGUCGCGACUGACCAAGACUAAGAUAUCGUCGUGUAGUAGUACAGUUACCUCCAGUCAAGACAUCAACCCCAGCAGUCCACCUCCUACGAAGAAGGCGUGUCAAAUGGGGAAGAACAACGUGCAGCUGAUUAGAGAUCAAGAUGCAAGCUUUGAAAUAGAAACGCAUAUAAAUUUAGACGAGCGGAAUGUGGCACCGAAAGUCGAACUGCCCGAGUACUUAAGCGACGAUGAUGGCAAGGAGGAUGGGUGCUCGAAUUUUAACAGUAUUGGAGACAUUACGGAACUUACAGGUGGAAUGGAGAUUAUUCCGACACAUUCGAGCUUCAACGCCGGCCAAAAUCAGACCGAGGGAUAUUCGGAUACAGAUAGAUUUAAACGGCGGAAAUCCUCCGAGCAGUUUUUACCCUUCGCGAGUUCCCCGGAAACCACAUUCAGUGACACUAGCAGUCGACUUAGGGAUGUCUUCAGCGACAGAGAUCGGAGACGUUUGGUAAAGCUAGGCGAGGGUAUCGAAAUAUGCGAGGAGCAGCUACGAUCGGUUAAAUGGAGCGACUAUAGGAAGCUAACACGAGGGCUCGCCACAAUAUUGUUUAGUCCCACCGAGUUAGCCUCGUGCUCGGUUACCGGGCAGAGGUGGAGUCGGGCCGGGACCGGAGAACGACCCGUCAAGCCUGCACUGGACCGAGCCAAGGUACAGGCGAUUAUUUCGUACGUCGCCACCAGAUUUCCAAUGAUAGAAAUAAGUAGAAUAAAACAAGUUCUCGCGUACAAGUGCAAAGAAAACUCGACCGCUUUCAAAAUGAAAGCCGUACGGUACUACGGUGAUCAGUUGAAGGUACCAGAUGGUAAUUGAAAUUAUCGUGCGAAAUGUGUUCUUUAAUGUAGUUCGGUAGACGUUACUAUUUAUUAUUAUUUUAUUUAAAUAUAUGUUAUAAAAUA